AUGUCACCAACCAAGCGAAAGUCGGACUCCGAAGAGUAUCCUGGACCCGAAAAGAAGGCUGUGCCAGAAGGGGAUUUGGAAUUGCCGAUGGAUCGGACUCAGGAGGAUGAGGAGGCGCCAAACAACGUAAGUUAAUAUAAAAAUGAUUUUGUGGAAGGGAUUUGUUAAAACAAAAAAAAGAAGUUACUGUAUAUUUUGACAAAACUUAAUGAAAUCGCAUAAGAAAAUUGACUGGAAAUCUAGAAACUUUUGGAUUUUUAGGUCAUUUUUGACCGCGGGACUAGUUUUUCAUGAUUUUCUAGGCUGUGAUCGAAUUUUAACUAGAAAAUUGGAUUUCUAGGUGAUUUUUACCGCGGGACUAGUUUUUUAAAUGAUUUUCUGGGCCGUGAUCGAAUUUUAAACUAGAAAAUUGAAUUUCUAGGUGAUUUUUGAUAGCACGGACAAGUUCUUAAUGAUUUUCUAGGCUGUGGCCGAGUAUUUGAGUGGAAAAUUGGAUUUCUGGGUCAUUUUUGAUCGGAAGGCCAAUUUUCCACUCAAAAACUCGGCCACGGCCCAGAAAAUCAUCAAGGACUAGUCCCUGCUGUCGAAAUGGCCUAGAAAUUCAAUUUUCUAGUUAAAAAUUCGGCUACGAUCUGAAAAUCAUGAAGAACUAGUCCUUGCGAUCAAAAAUGACCUAAAAAUCAAAUUUUCCACUCGAAUACUCGGCCACGACCUAUAAAAUCAUAAAAAACUAGUCCUUGCGAUCAAAAAUGACCUAGAAAUUCAAUUUUUGGUUAAAAAUUCGACUUGGCCUAGAAAAUCAUGAAAAAUUGGAUUUCUAGGCAAAACAUAUCUGAAUUUGUAGAACUCCCAUGCAAUUUGACUGAAAACCUAGAAAAUAUGGAAUUUUGAAUAAAAAAAAAAAGAAAAUUGUUGAAGAAUCCUCGAAAAUAUAAAAUUUAUGAUAAAAAUGAGCUCAGCUAGAAAACUCGACAUAAAAAAAGGAAAAAUCUUGAAAAUUUGAGAAAAUUAAAGAAAUAUUCAAAAUAUUUCGAGUUUCCAAUGUGUUUGAGUUUCCAAAUUGUUUUUUUUAUAGACCGUGGCACCUCCGAAUCCUCAAAUAUUUGAUCCGAGUCUCGACGAGCCUUUCUCGCCAUUCUCGGAUAAGUCCGACACGGAUCUGUCUCCAAUCGAGGUGGUGCGACCUCCACCAUCACUUCCACCGCCGUCGCCACCUCGUCAAUCACCGAUAACACCAAGGCGAUCGAGAUCGGAGCCAUCAACACCCACGGAUGGAGAGCCGUUGACCAAAAAGAUCAAAUUUCCGGCUGAUCUCAUGGAUAUUCGUGAUCGAUCGAAGAGGGAAUCCAUCGAAACUCGCCAAAUUUUCAAAGAGAGUUACCAGGAUGUCGUCGAUAUGUCAAAAGUGACGGAGAGAUCCGAAGGAUCUCAAAGAACCUCGCCUGUUUUGACACCGAUGCCUAUCCAAAGAGCUGAAGUCAUGGUCAUUCCACAAAAUCCACCUCAAGCUGUGGAAUACUUGAAUAAGGCGGAGGUUCACAGUGCGCAAAUGGUUGGGAUUCCUCAACAAUUGGAAAAUGUUGAACUUCUCGCUGCUGAAAUGAACCACGCGCAAUUGGUCGCGAUUCCCAGAAAUUUGGCGAAUGUUCAAAUUCUUGAUGCUCAACGACACAAUGGUGAAGUCAUGGAUAUUGUUGUGGCUCCUGUUCAGAUUGUUCAAUUCGCUGCUCCACCACCACCACCACCAGCACGCGAAUUGGAUGAUUUGAACGAGGAUGUUGCUGGACCACCACCACCAGCAGCUCCUCCUGCGCCUCAACAAGCUCCAAUUGCUCAACAACAACCACCACAAAUUGUUGCUCCUGCUCAACCGCCACAAGUCGCAGCUCCUGCUCAUCCACCACAAGCCGCUGCUGCACCACAAAUCGCUGCACCACAACAAGUCGCUGCUCCUCAACCACCGUCGCCCCCACCAUCUUCGUCUUCGUCAUCACAUCAAGAUGACUGGGUUGAAGAAGUUCAAAAGUGGUUGGAUGUCAUCCAGCGCUGUUUCGAUGCGGUCAUCCGCGGGCCGGUGACGAAUCAGACAAUCGAUGGCAUUCAAUCGUUGACGCGAUGCCGAUCCACAUUGCGAAGAUGGCUUCGUGCUGAACCUGCUGAUUCAGACGAUAAAAUGGACAAGAUGAUUCAAAGAGUAUCUAGGGCGAUGAAACUAGUCCCGAAACUCAAGAAGUGAUUUUCUGGAAUCGGUGAGUUUUUUUUAACUUUCCCCAUGGAUUUUAGAAAUCACCAAGUCAAAUUUUAGCUAUUGGGAACCCUAAUUUCACGUUUUAGCCACCAAACAAACCCCAAAAACCCCGAAAACGAACAAAAAACAAAAAAAAACAAAAAUAAAUUUUUUUCGAAAUGAAAAAAGUGCAAUGGGGCGCACUUGUUUGCUUUGUCAAAAUUUGAAUUUUUUUAUUUUUUCAGGCCACACAUACUCGUCAUCAAUAUGCUAUUAUUUAUUAUUUAUUAUAUUCAUUUUAUUAUCAAAAAAAGAAAACCACAAAAAAAUGAAAAAAAUUGAAAAUGUAAAAAAAAAAUAUAAAAUCAAGAAAAUCAAAAAAAAAAAGAAAAAAUUGAAAAUCCAAAAAAAAAAAAAAUAUAAUCCAAAAAAUAAAAAAACACCAAAAUCCAAAAAAAUGAAAAAACACCAAAAUACAAAAAUAUUUAUAUUAUUAUCAAUUGGCUGAAUUAUCAUUAUUAUCAAUUGGCUCAAUGGCUUUCUAAAAUUAUCAUUUUUAUUUUUAUUCUCCUGGUUUUGCUCUUGUAAAUGUUGAAUUCGAUUUUUGAGUGAGUUUUUUUUCGAAAUUUGAGGCAAUUUUAAGAAUUUCAAUAAAAAAUAAAAUUUUUCAGCUGAAAAAAAAAUCAAUAUUCGAUUUUUUUCAGCUGAAAAAUUAAAAUGUUAAUGAUUUUUUUUUGAAUUUCAAUUUAUCUUGAAAAAAAUAAAAAUUUUCAGAUGAAAUUGUCGAUCAUUCAAAUGCAACUUUUUUGCUUCGAAUUCGGGAAUAUCUCAAUUUUUUUCAUCAUGUGCAAUAUUUUUCGAUUUGAUUUUCGAGUUUUUGAUGACUCGAUGUAGCACAUUCUUCAAUUGUUUUAUUUUCUUGGUUUUGCUCUGGAAAAUGUCGAUUUCGAUUUUUGAGUGAGUUUUUUUUAUUUCGAAAUUUGAGGCAAUUUUAUGAAUUUCAAAAAAAUGAAAUUUUUCAGCUGGAAAAUUAAAAUUCUAUUGUUUUUUUUUUGAAUUUCAAUUUAUUUUGAAAAAAAUUAGAAAAUUUUUGAACUUCAGUUUCUUGGAUUACUGUAAAUUUCAGUUUUUGCUCACAAAUUUAGAAUUACCUGAAUUUUAGGGUUACUGUAGCUCGAAUUCUUUCACAAAAAUCUUAAAUUUCGAAAUUUGAGGCAAUUUUUUGAAUUUCAAAAAAAAAGAUUUUCAGCUGAAAAAAAAUCAAGAUUCAAUUUUUUCAGCUGAAAAAUUGAAAUUUUAUUGAUUUUUUUUGAAUUUCAAGUUAUCUUGAAAAAAAUUAGAAAUUUUCAGAUGAAGUUGUUGAAUAUUCCACUUCUUUGCUUCGAUUUUCUCAAUAUCUCGAUUUUUCCCAUCAUUCAAAUGUGCAAGGUGUUUGGAUAUAUUUUCGAUUUGUUUUUCGAAGCGACUCGCAAAUUCUUCAAUUGUUAUUAUUCUCUUGGUUUUGCUCUGGAAAAUGUGGAUUUCGGUUCUUUGAGUGAGUUUUUUUUUAAUUUGAUGCAUAUUUUCGAAUUUCAAUAAAAAAUAAAAUUUUUCAGCUGGAAAAUUAAAAUUUUAUUGAUUUUUUUGAAUUUAUCUUUAAAAAAAUUAGAAAUUUUCAACCGAAAUGUUUGAGUUUUUUUUCGAGAAAUUUCAAAAAUUCCAAAAUUUCUCGUUUUGAGCUGAAAAAUCAGAAUUUUAUCGAUUUUAAAAGAUCAUCGAGCGCAAAUAUUGGAAAAAAUUUCCAAUUUGAAAUUUUUAAGCUCACAAAUUUAGAAUUACCUGAAUUUUAGGGUUACUGUAGCUUAAAUUCUUUCACAAAAAUCUUAAUAUUCCAAAUUUUAUGCAAUUUUUUGAAUUUCAAAAAAAAAAAAAAAAGAAUUUUCAGCUGGAAAAAAAUCAAGAUUCAAUUUUUUCAGCUGAAAAAUUGAAAUUUUAUUGAUUUUUAUUUUAAUUUAAAAAAAAUAAGAAUUUUCAGCUGAAAAAAACAAGAUUCGAUUUUUCAGCUGAAAAAUUGAAAUUUUAUUGAUUUUUUUUGAAUUUCAAUUUAUCUUGAAAAAAUUAGAAUUUUUCAGAUGAAAUUGUCGAAUACUCCAAUGCCAUUCUUUGCUUCGAAUUUCUGAAUUUCUCGAUUUUAUCCAUUGUUCAAAUGCGCUUGAUUUUUCGAUUUGAUUUUGGAUUUGUUUUUCGAUUUCAAAGAUUUCGAAGCGACUCGAUGCAGAAAAAUCUCCAAUUUUUUUGUGAGAAUUUCUGA